UUCUGCGCACUUGGCGCCAAUAUUAUAAACAGGCAGACAACUUUUACAAGCCGCCACAGAACUUGGCCUGAAACAUUUAGUGGCCUAGGUUACCAAGACCUUAUGAGACUGCAAGAAUUGUCGAAGUUUGACGUUAUGGGUUAAUUGUUAAUUUUUGUGAGAAAAUUUUAAACCACAACUUCCGAGAAAUAUGGAGCGGAGAAUUUUAGUUUUUAAAACUACUGAAAGAAAGAACUUUCCCAUUAAUUUCUUGAAAAAUAUCGACGAGAAGUAUGCGAAAGUUAUUCAAAACUGCUAUUUAGCUGGACUAGGAAACUCUGAACUAAGCCCUGUGGAUAUUUACUCCGUUUGUUUACCAGAUUUAUGGACAAAGGUAGAAAAAUCCCAAGAUAUAAAGGAUAAGAUAACUAAAGACUCAGCUUACAGAGAGAAGGAUCUUGCCGUAUUGACAGAUGAGCUUCAUGACCUGUUUGAUGGUAUCUCCUCUCCAGGUCGAUAUCUUCUUAAUAUUCUCUGGAUUUGUGAUUCUCUUCCUGUUCAACCUAACCCUGGGCUCUACGGAGCUCUACAGAGGGCAGUUAGUUGGCACAACGGACAGAUCUCUGUUCUCACUCUGAAAGAGAGCGAAGAUCUCCCCUCCUGGGUAUCCAGCGGACUUCAAGCUGAGAUAAUAACUGGACCUAGAGAUGAUAUUAAUCUGGAGCUCUAUAUUUCUCCGUCAUUAGUUUGGCGUGGAAACUUAACUGUUUUUAAUGAUGAGGAUCUAACUAGUUACAAAAUUCAGGGUUACGAGCUGCAUGACGGACUGGAUGAAUUAGAUUUAAUUAUUCAGAAGAUAAAUCUUUCUAACCCUGAAAUAAACCCAACCCAGCAGCAGGAUAAAGAGCUGGUAUUCUACGACGUAAACCUUGAACUAGUCACUGAGGUGGAUGCAUCUUCUGUUCCCCCUUCUUUUCUAACCAAUCAGAGGUUUAAACUCAAAACCAUUGACACAGGUGAAGACGAUGUUACUGGAUAUUUGAUGAAACAAGGAUUCCCUGAUUCUUUUGGGUUUAUAGCUCGUCUUAGAGUUUCUGAAAAACUAAACAGAAAAUAUAAGCAAAGGAAUUCUGCGUCCUGGAAGCGGGAAGUGGUCGAAGGAACUUAUGAGAACGUUCAUGAAAUGUAUUUAGCGGAUGCACAACAUUCAAUUUCAUUCCUUGUCUACGACGACGGCACUCAAACAAAAAAAUGUUCCAAACAAAUUUUUGUGAAAUCCGCAAUUCUCCUGAGGAACCCUGAGGACGUGUGCACUGUUCCUCGGCCGUUCCUAAGCAGAGAUUUUGUGUUUAAUGUCAAUGUUGUAACAGCUGUUCCAAAUCUAGAUAUAAUUGAAACCAAUAUUCAACUUGUUCAUCAAUAUUAUCGAGAUCUGACGGCGGAAGUACUGAAAAUUCUUUUAGAGGGAAGAGAGGCGGGGAGCACACAAGAUUUACUUCAAGUAGUGGCCGAGAAUGUUCCACGACUUUACUCAUGGAUAGAAAAGAAUAGUAAGUUGGAAACCAACUCAGUAGUGUUAGAUGAAGAGUUGAAAAAACCAAAGAAAAUUCAAAGCAUGUAUAAAGAUGAAAGCUCUGAGAAGAGAGUUGCUAGGAUAGAUUCUAGAAAACAAGAAAUUAUCAGCUCCGAGAAAGAAUCAGCUCUUCUAUCAAGGCGUGUUGACACUAUCUCCCUGGAAGCUAAAGAGAUAGUUAAAUUCUUCCAAAAAACCGGGGAACCAGCCAAAGCUCUUAAUCUAGAUAAUCUUACUCAGGGAGUUAAGAAUACAGUUCGACUAUCUGAUCACCAAUAUCAGAAAAUAUUUCAGGAUAAUUUUGAUCAUAUUCGGAGUGGAGAUUUACAAUAUUCUGGAUUCAAGUUCAAGGGAGAUGAUUUUAACCUGAUGGAGUUCACCCAGUACCAUGACGUUUACUACAACAAUGGACCUAAAGCUGAUCAGAAGGAGAAAGAUUUCCGACGGUAUCGAGAUAUGUGUGUUGGAAUAUCUAAGGAAACUAGCACUACGCUGGAUAUGGAUAAGGCUCCUGAGAAGUUGAAAAUAAAGAAAACGAAAACUUGUGAAUCUUCUUCCCAGCGUAGUCCGCGUAAGAAAGUUGGUAAGGCGUGGACAAGUCCCAGAAAAUCCGCCAAAAUCUUGACGACAAGAUCCGGGAAGCCUAGUCCCGUCAAGGGAGCAGGCCAACAAAUCCUGGAAGCACAAAGAAGAUCCAGACCAAACCAGAAAAGUGGUGUGGAUGAGAGGCGGAAGAAAAAUUUACGUGUAGCAGUGCUUAGUGCUCUUAUGGAACAAGGAAUUAGGGAGGAUAACCAGAUUUUUAGGCGAUGUUUUACAACUCUUAUAAAGAUCUGUCAGCUACUGGGUGGAGCCGCAAGUGGGGACACAACCAGUAAAAUGAUGCUCGAUGUUGCAAGAUCAAAUGUUGAAAACGUGAUCAAGGCGGAAGUACAAAAGUUAAGAAAUGCUUGAAGUAUUUUGAAGUUUUGACAAACUUUGAAAACCUAGACCUGUGAUUUCUAUUUCGUACAAAUAAAAAUAUGUGACUGAAGCAGGAUAUAGUUGUUCAGUUCAACACUACUUGCUCUAAAGGCUGUCCUCCUCCAUAUACUUCAAUUACUCAUUGGGUAAACCUUUAUUUCCCCCUCCUCCAUAUACUUCAAUUACUCAUUGGGUAAACCUUUAUUUCCCCCUCCUCCAUAUACUUCAAUUACUCAUUGGGUAAACUUUUAUUUCCCCCUCCUCCAUAUACUUCAAUUACUCAUUGGGUAAACCUUAAUUUCCCCCUUAAACUAAUCUGUAUAGAUGUGAGGAAAAUAUUUCUAUCCUUCCUUUCAACUGCCUUCUUUUUGACUGCUGUUUAAAUCCGCAAAUUAUGUUUACGGUAAAUUAUCAAUUUGUAAUCAGGAAAACAAGAAUAUUUUCCCAAGUUUUUCUCAAAAAUAUUUAAAGUGAGCGGAUUGGAGGACAGAGGAUCACUGGAAAUUACGUUGACAGUCCCUUAAACCUUGAGAAGUUUGCCACAAUAGACCUGUUUAUCUGCCUCUCAAAUUAACAAAUAUUUCA